UUCAUACUUUGUUGUCCAGUCCCUGUUGAAAGUCUUAUUUUACGCAAUUUAUUUAUAUAUUUUUUCAGGGUCGACUUUGGCAUUUUUGGUUUGGAUGAGUAGUUUUCUUCUACUUACCCCACUGUGGCUUAAUUGUGACACAUGUCUUGCUGUCUCAGCUGAGAUAGGCUCCGGCAACCCCCGCGACCCCAAAAGGGACUAGCAGUAGAAAAUGGAUGGAUGGAUGUCUUGCUGUUGCUUCCUGCGGGGUGGCGGGAGUUCUGCAUACAUGAGCAAACCCUAGUUUGAAUGAUUUCAUCAAGCCUAUUUGGGUGAUGUUCGGCGGGCCAAAUUAAAAGCGGGCCGCCUGUUGAAUAGGCCGGACCUAAUCUUGAGGUCUUGUGAACGCAGCCUGUUAAUUUCUAACUGUAAAACUGGAACACAUUUCUAUGAAAUGAUUCCACAUUGCUAAAUAAGAGAUUGAGCCUUAUCAGCUUCUUUUAAAACUACGUAAGAAUUGUCCUUUACCUAUAAUCUCCAACACACUGCAGUGUUUUUAACCCUGACCUUACCACCACCCCCUUCCACCAGUGUGUUCUCCACACAUGCGUAACCACAAAAACACAGCACACACGCGGAAACAAAAGCCUCUCGAAGGCCUCACGUCGCUUGUGACCACCCCCGCCGCUUGCCACUGUGGUACCUCCCAAGCAGAGCAGUCGCCUCCCUCUUGAAGUCAGAUUUGUCUCCUCUCUAAGGAAAUACACUGUACCUAAAAGGUGUAAAAAGUGUGGCGAAAAGUUGUGGGGGCUCUAUGGCCAAUACUGUGGAUGAAGAGGAAGGAAGGGUGUUGAUUGAAGGAAGGUUGGCGACACACUUUUUAGGCUGACAAGCCAUGACAGGACUACUUGUGAAUCGUUUGUGAACACUCCUACUUCCAAUGUCUCACUGUUUGGGGCCAUGGCCUUUCAGUCAGGUCCAGCAAAGAAGAUAAACUGUCGAGCCGUAUUCAGAGCAUGCUGGGCAAUUACGACGACAUGAAAGAUCCAAUUGGCGAGACCCUUCCGAAGCUUAGCGCCAAACCUACGAACAGCUCGUCUUCCUCCGAGGAGAAAUUGGCCCUGCCCUUGUUUGCCGGUGACCAGCGAGGAAGCGGAAGCAGCCAGAGCAGUAAGUGGACUCCUGUCGGCCCCGCCUCAGCGGCCUCCUCAUCCCAGUCUCAGAAACGCUCCGGACUCCAGGGGGGGCACAGUAGCCAGAGGGGCAGCGGCGGCAGUAGCGGCAGCAGCAGCGGUAGCCAAAGACACGGCGGAGAGUUGCGGGAAAAGAAGUCGAGUAAGCACAGUGGAUCAGAUCACUCAAAGUCGCACACAUCCAGUCCGGCCAAGGGCUCGCUGAGCUCUUCCGGCGGCAACAGCCACUCGCGGAGCUCCUUGGCCGCCGAGCAGCAUCACAGCAAGGAGCGCUACAGGUCCAAGUCGCCGCGAGACCGGGAGGCCAACUGGGACUCGCCUUCACGACUUCACACUUCCUUCCCUAGCGGACAGCACUCAAGUCAGGCAUUCCCCCCGUCGCUCAUGUCCAAACCGGGCUCCAUGCUGCAGAAACCCACGGCCUAUGUGAGGCCUAUGGACGGCCAAGAGACGGCAGAAGCCAAGAGCUCACAAGCAGAAAGCUACAGCGGACAGUCGCACAGCAGCACUAUGGGGGAGAUGAAGUCUAAUGGAAAAGCCUCGCUGACCAAACUCAAGAUCCCCUCGCAGCCUGUAGAGGGAUCUGGAGACGCCAACUGCGUGGACGAGAUUCUGAAGGAAAUGACUCAGACCUGGCCCCCUCCAUUGACAGCUAUCCACACCCCCUGCAAGACAGAGCCCUCCAAGUUUCCGUUCCCCACUAAGGAUUCUCACUCCUUCCCAAAGCGGGGCAGUUCUUCCAAGAGCUCAAGCAGCCACCAGUCCAAGCCUUGUGAUAACCAGCCAACAACGCUGGCAGAGGACCUCAAGCUCAGCAGCAGCGAGGACAGUGAUGGAGAGCAGGACUCUGCCAAAAACAUCUCAAGAAACAAAUCAGAAAGCAAUAACAGCGAAGGACCGGAGCAGUCCAAGGAUGACUCCAGCAGCCACAGUGGCUCCGAGAGCAGCUCGGGUUCUGAGAGCGAGAGUGAGAGCAGCACGACGGACAGCGAGGCCAACGAGCCUCCACGACCUGCUUCUCCGGAGCCUGAACAACCAAUGGCCAACAACAAGUGGCAACUGGACAACUGGUUCAAGAAGACUAAGCAGUUCUCUCCAGCGUCGCCAUUGGACAACAACAACGUGCAAACCAAAAGCAAAAAAGAGGGCAGAGAUAAUAGCUCAGGUCGAGGCUACGGGAGCCAGGGCGGCGGAUCCAAAGAUUCCUCAGCGCCGGCACCAUGCAGGGACCUUCGAGCGGCGCAAAAAGGAGGCGAGACUGGCCGCGGUCGGCAGAAAUCUCCAGCCCAGAGUGAAAGCAGCUCGGGGAGCCGGAGGCCUGUGGGGAAGAAACAGCCUAAAAAGUCUGAAAAGCCCCCAGUGGUGGAGGAACCCAAGGGCGGGCUGAGGGUGGAAAGCGAGCCAGCUCCUGAGAUCCCCCCUCACCGGCCAAUAGCCGCCACCAAGGGUUCCCGCAAGCCCAGCAUCAAAAAGGAGCCAAAAUCCUCUCCGCGGCCCACCACAGCUACCACCGCCACCACCGUCAACAAGCGCAAGGCCAAAGCCAAGUUGUCUUGCGAGAAGUCUCGGGAGUUUGUCACAGACUCGACAACGUCAGACUCCGAAGAAAAUGACAGCAUCCCGUCCUCGUCUCAGACGCCCAAGUACACUGAGAGCAUCCGGACGCCUGUGUGUGUGUUCUCUUUGGAGGACAAAGAGCUGCUGUCUCCUUUAAGUGACCCGGAAGAGCGCUCCACCACGAGGCAGCCUCCGCAGCAGGUUUUGAUAGUCAAGAUAGAUCUCAGCUUGCUAUCCAGGAUCCCUGGGCGGCCAUACAAGGAGCCUGCUGAGAUAAAAGUGGAGCGAGACGACUCCCAAGACAGGGACAGCAAGGAAUUCACCAAGCAGAGCUCUGAAAAGAGCUCAAGCAAGACCAAGAGGAAGCACAAGAAUGACGAGGAAGGCACCAAGCCAGACAGCAAGCGAUGCAAGGUGGAGGACAAAUCUCAAUCGCAUCAUAAAAGCAGCAGUAAAGAAUCCAAGAGGUCCUUGGAGAAAAAAGAGGAGCCUGUCCCCUCUCCGUCAAUGGCAGGUCUCCAGCGGACGCCGAAAGCCGAGCAUCCAAGUCGGAAGAGGACCGCCAGCCAGUCAUCCACGUCUCUGUCCAGCGGAGCGGGUAGUGGCAAGGAGGGGGGCCACAGCACCAAGAGCACCUCCACCUCCAAGCACAGAAAAGGCGAGGAUAAGGGACGCAGCACUCGGGAAUGCAAGGAGAAAUCCUCAAAGGGCUGUGAUAACCAGCUGGCUGUGCCGCCGCUACCCACCGAUGGCUCCAAGUCUCAAAGAUCCAAGCUGCCGUUUGAGGACAGGGCUCUUUCAGCAGAUCAUUACUUACAAGAGGCCAAGAAACUUAAACAUAAUGCCGAUGCACUGCUGGACCGCUUUGAGAAGGCCAUCUACUACCUAGAUGCGGUGGUGUCGUUCAUUGAAUGCGGCAACGCCCUCGAGAAGAGCGCCCAAGAGGCAAAGUCUCCCUUUCCCAUGUAUGCUGAAACGGUGGAACUCAUCAAGUACACAAUGAAGUUAAAAAGCUACAUGGCUCCAGAUGCAACAUCAGCAGACAAGCGUGUAGCGGUUCUUUGCCUAAGAUGUCAAUCUCUCCUCCAUCUGCGGUUGUUCAAGCUGAGGAAAGACAGCGCUCUGAAAUACUCCAAAACACUUUCAGAACAGUUAAAGAACUCUCUGAGUAACACCCAGGCUCCCUCUCCUGGCAUGGGAAACAAAGCAGCAGGAAUGCCCUCGCCGGUGUCCCCUAAAUUGUCACCGGGCACGGCAGGCGGCUACUCGUCGGUGAGCAGCAGCAGCAGCGCCGGCUCGUCCGUGACCAUACCUCAGCGUAUCCACCAGAUGGCCGCCAGCUACGUGCAGGUCACCUCCAACUUCCUUCACGCCACUGAGGUGUGGGACCAGGCGGAGCAGCUGUCAAAGGAGCAAAAAGACUUCUUCCAAGAGCUGGACAAAGUGAUGGGUCCCCUAAUCUUCAACACCAGCAGCAUGACAGACCUGGUGCGUUACACCCGCCAGGGCCUCCAUUGGCUGCGUCUGGACGCCAAGCUUGUUCCCUAGCGAGGAGCCUUGCCUCCUACGCACACAGCCACACCUCAGCGACGCACCCUCACCUCACACAGCCCACCUCUGGUCUUCUUAUACGCGGACACACACACACGAUGAUGAACCUCUUAGACAUAUCUAUUAAGUGUGUGUGUCCUUUUUAUCUACACCAGCUUGCCAAAAACUGAGCAAAUUGGAACAUCUCAAACCGCCGACUGCACCUUCGGCGGGAGAAGCUUACCACGUUUCACAGAUCCACAUCUUAAUAGAUUUGACCCUGAAGCACCAGGUGAUUUAUUUAUUAUUUAUUCCCUGGACUUCAGUUAUCAAUAUGCUCCUGUUUUUCUCCCCCACCAAAGUACCUCCCAUAAAACACCAAAGGUGCUUUAAAAAUGUUCAAAUGAAGGUUUCUCUUUGUUGUUUUUGUGCCUUCUUUGCGAGAUACAGGAAAACAAACCCGUCCCCCACUCACUUUUAUAUGCUUUCAUUAUAUUUUGCAUUAUUCAACAUUGGCCAGCAACGUUUGCUUCUUCUGACUGAGCUUCCGUAACUUUAUAGUCACCCAAAAAUGAGCUAAGGGCUACUGUGCACUUGUGUCCAUAGAUGAUCUUAGCAUCAUGGUGUAACAGAAAUGUAUGAAGCUGCAUGUAAUCGGCUGCAUGCAAUGGAACAGUGUGGCCUCUAGGGGUCCCCAUCGGGGCCUUUUUAGAAUCAAAUGGCUCACAGCAAGAGGAUUUAUUGCUGCUUAAGGCACAGGAAGUUUGCGGUUCUUCCCUUAAAAACGUUUUCCCUCUGUAGCAAUUUAGAAAAAGUCACUUCCAUGCAGUGUUGGCCAUUUAUUUUAUUUUAAUUUUUUUUUACCUUUUGUUUGCCCAGAGUGUAUUUUUCUAAGUCACAGCAGGGAGUGUUAAAAUCAUGGCAAGGUGGUAUCCACAGAUACAAUGCCCUUAUUUACAAUAGGGGCGUAUAACAGGCAGACAUCGAACAUGUUAUAGUUACCACUUUCAUCAGCAGUGUUGCGUUCAUAGAAUAAAGUAAGAGUAUAUAUUUCAAAUAGGCCUAACAGCCAAAAUGCAUUUAUUUAUCUAUACUAGGUAAGCAAGUCUAAAACCAUUUUGACAGUUUUUUUUUAUUACGGGAUGGGAAAUGGUUUCUAUUUAAAAUACAUGUACAUCUUAAUUGCGCUUGUUAAAAGUAGAAAAAGGAAGGUGAGCAAAUAGAUUCAAAUAUGUUCACUUUUAAUUAAGAAUAGGCAUUGUAAUCAAUUAGCGGAUUUAAUUCUUUGAUGACGUCAUGGCAACAUGGAGUGCAGCUGCUGUGGCGAAACAUCGCUGUAACAAUCUUCUCGUCAGGACUAUUCUGGCAUUAAAAAAAGUUCAGAAAGGCAUAUUUUAAAAGAUAAUUUAUUAAUUAGUGAUGGUUAGGCAAUUUCCCAUCCCGAGUUGGGAUCGUUUGAAAUUACUAUAACUAUAUUAUAAGAGAAAUGUUUUUUUUUUUUUUUCAAUUAAAUUUAAAUGUCGGUCAGUGCCGAGGAUUAUUUGGGCCAUACAUAAAAGAAUAACUCAAUAGAUUUUUUUUUUACUAAAUACAUUUUUUUUUAGGAGAAAAGUCGCAGAUAAUAAAGUGGUGAUUUUGUUUGAGGAUAGAAUUCUAAAAUGAUAAUAUUUAAAGUAAUCAGACAAGAACAAAGUCAUAUUUUUCCAGGAAAAGUCAGUCAAACUGUGAUGAAGUGAUAUUUUCAAAAACCUUUCUAAUGGUUAAUACGUCAAGUUUAUUUAAGAGUUUUGCAAAAUGAUGACUUCUCUGCAUCCUCCCAAUGUUUUUCUCGAUAAAUAUAUGUCUAUCGCCUAUCCUUUUCUUUCCUAAAUUACUAUUUAUUUUACGAUUUAUGACCUUUUAAAGAAAAAAUAUGACUUGGCUGUUACAUUUUAUUUUCGUAUGAUUAGAACUACUUAGGAAAAAAAUUACUCUCAAAAAUGUUUUUAUUCUUUAAGACUACUAUUAUUGAAAUAUAUCACCUUUUUAUGCACUCUUUUAAGACUAUGAUAAUUUUUGAAAAAUUAGGACAUUAUUAUCGUAAAAUAGAGUUUUUUAAAGAAAAAAAAUGCAACGGUAUUCUUGUAGGAUUAUGACUAUAUCACAAAGAUUCUGUUAAAAUUACAUCUGUAUUUAUUUGUUUUACUUUAUGACAUUUCUUUAACAGAACUAACUUAAUUCCCCAGCAAAUUCGACUUUUUCUUCAUAAAAUGCAACUUGAUUUUGGUCAAAUUCGGGUCUUUGAAAAAAAAAAAAAGCCAACUCAAAUUAAAGUACUAUGUAAUAAAGAAAACAAUUUUUUACGUACAUUUUUUUUUAAAAUAGCAACAUUGAAAAAAAAUUAUGUCUUUAUUCCUGUAAGAUUAAUUUCUGUACGACUUUAUUCUCAUGACAUUCCAAAUUCAUUCUUAUUGUACAAUUGGGGCGGCGUGGCUCGGUUGGGAGAUCGGCCGUGGUAGCAUCUUGAGGGUUCCAGGUUCGAUAUCCGCUUCCGUCAUCCUAGUCACUGCUGUUGUGUCCUUGGGCAAGACACUUCACCCACCUGCUCCCAGUGCCACCUGCUCCCAGUGCCACCCACACUGGUUUAAAUGUAACUUAGAUAAUGGGAUUCACUAUGUAAAGCGCUUUGAGUCACGAGAGAAAAGCGCUAUAUAUAUAUAAUUCACUUCACUACAAUUAUUGUUUUUCUUUUCAGUGUGGUCCUAAUAUUCCUAAUGGGGUUGGGGACUAACAAAGCCUGCAAUCUUCAGGGCGAUACCCCUCCUUGUAGCUCUUAUUCUGCAUCACAUCCUCCAGUGUAGUUGUUUUGACCUCUUUGCUGUUCUCACCUUUCCCUGGCUUUGUGGCCUUCCAUCUUUGGAAGACCAAACUGUUUUUCCUCUUACACUUGAAAAAGACAAAAAAACAAGUUAUUUUUAAAUCUAUGCAGAACUUUUUUUUUCUUUUUUU